AUGGCUGGAAUAGCAGAAUUCUUUGGGAAAAAUAAGACAUUUCGACCUAAGAAAAAGUUUGAGCAAGGGACACUUCGCUAUUCUCUUCAUAAAAGAGCCCAAGCUUCACUAAAUUCAGCUAUAAAUCUACAAGAUGCUGUAAAAUUGCCGCCAGGGGAGAAUCUUAAUGAUUGGCUUGCUGUUCACGUGGUUGAUUUUUUCAAUCGAAUCAAUUUAAUAUAUGGCACCGUUAUUGAUUCCUGCACAGAAGAAACCUGUCCUACCAUGUCUGGUGGAUCUCGGUUUGAAUAUUUGUGGGCAGACGGCAUGCAAUAUAAAAGGCCAACUCCACUACCAGCUCGUCAGUAUAUAUCUCUCCUUAUGGACUGGGUAGAAAAUCAAGUAAACAAUGAAGAAAUUUUUCCUGUUACUGUUGAUAAACCAUUUCCUCGAAACUUUGUUCCUACAUGCAAGAAAAUAUUGACACGACUUUUUCGUGUUUUUGUCCACGUUUAUAUACAUCAUUUUGAUAGAAUAGUUUCUAUUGGAGCAGAGGCUCAUGUGAAUACUUGCUAUAAGCAGUUCUAUUAUUUCAUCACAGAGUUUCACAUGGUUAGCCCUAGGGAGUUAGAACCUUUGGUUGAAAUGACAAGAAGGAUAUGUCGGGAUAAUGCCAUGUCUUGUAGAUGA